ACUUGUCAAAACCUUGCAAGGCUUGCGGCAGGCACUGUCCAGUACCGUAGGUAUCCAAAUUAAAAGCAAUACGAAAUGGCGCUCCUAGCCGCGAGGCCCCACUCUGCACGCUUGCGUUGCGCUGCCGAGCAACGCCCACGGCGCAGCGUUCGCGCAGGCGCCGUGUCCGUUGUCGCAUUCAAGGAAGAGAUCAAGGACUGGCGUGUGGCCGAAAUGGUCACGCAUUGUCAUAGCUACUAUGACGCCGUGUGGAGCCGGGGGGAGCUGUCCGCAUGCGACAAGCUGCUGGAGCCCAACUUCGUGCACAGGGACAUGUGCAGCCCCGCGGCUUGGGCGGGCGGCGGCGCUGCGGCGCUGCACGGCGCCACCGAGACGUCCACUGGCAUCACUGUGGGCCCCCGCGCCUUCAAGGCCCUGGUCACAGAGCUGCGGACGAUGUACCCAGACUACUUCAUGCGGGUGGAGGAGGUGGCUGUGUGCGACACACACAAGGUGUACGUGUCCUGGGUCAGCUGCGGCACACAGCUGGAGGCGCCCGCGGUGGCAGCGGCAGCGGCAGCUGCAGUGGCCUCCCCCAGCUCCUGGCUGAGUACGGGCGGCCGCGUGUCGCCGCCCACAGUCGCCGCCAGUGCGCUGUCGGGCCUGUCCCUCGCCGGCAGCUCCUCGGGCGCCGCCUCGUCCGCCGCCGCCUCCGGGCCGCCCUCCUACCACAACAACCUGGUGCGCGGUGUGGACAUGAUCACCUUCAAUCUGGACCGCACCCGCAUCAAAGAGAUCAACGUGUUCCGGCAGCUGACCGCGGACGAGCGGCGCGAGGUGGAGCGCCGCCUAGCGCCCACUGCCCCGCUGGAGAUCCGUCUCGCGCGGCUGCACUGGGACACAGCGGGCCAGCAGGCAGGGGAGGCGGGCCGGCAGCAGCAGCAGCCGGGUGGUGGCAUCAAGGCGCCCAAGGCACAGCGGGGCAACAGCCAGCAGAAGGCGCGGGGCUGGGGCCUGAGCUGAUGGGUCAGUGGGGCGUGUGUGUGGCCGGCUGCUGGACCCGUGAGCAGUUCAGGCUGUCUACUUGUCCAAGCUGACCAGAACGGUGCUCAGCAGGCACAUCGCGAUCAAGACACCCCACAUAGCGUAGUUCCAAAGCCCGUGUUGUCGGGUGCUCGGUUCCUGGUGUGUGAAAAGGUAUGCGUGUCGAAUGGAAGAAUGGACGGCGUCGGACAUGGUGACAGUUGUACCGUACAGUUGUAGCGCGUCCUUGGCGCUUGCCGUGCCCUCCCAAGGGGCGUGGUCGACAUGGCAGAAUGUGUUGUCUUUAUUGGCAUGAAGCGCCCCCGGUGCAUUCGCCAAAGUGGGCGAUAGAGUGGGUCUUGUACAAUAGCAUCAAGCGUAUAGAGAUGUUCGGCCUCCCAACCACAUUGUCUUGGGAGCUUCACUAAGCCGCUGUAACAAUACAAUAGGGCAUGGCGCUGCUAGCACAUCCCGGCCAUACCAUUUGCCAACCUGGGCCCUUGUUUACGACGAGCCUACCGCAAUGGGCCCAAGGCUCCAUUCCGAGCCCGGACUGUGUGGCUACGUGGUUACAAUGUGGUACAUGCACUGCGGCCUUUUCAUCUUCUCCGAAAACGGCAUGGGUGCAUCUGGUACCCGGAAGCGCAGGGUAUAGAGAAAUGUGGGAUGACAUAGGAACGGCACUCAUGUUAUGCACAGAGCAGCAAACGGUGCUUCGUGCAGACACCCGAUGACGAAGGCACUCACGAAGGGACAGAUGGGGAGAGCCAGGCGCUCCACCUGGGGGAGAAAGCAUUCACGAUGUAUGUGCACAUAGACUGUUCAUAUCACCGCAUGUUGAGCGCUCAUACGGGGCCGUACACACACCCCAGCACGCGCAUGUGCACGCAAUCUGCGCCACUCCCAUUUAACUUACACAGUUUACAUAGCAUGACAACACCAGCACUUACGGCGGGUAGGAAGGCGCGCCGUUGCUGCCAGAUGAGUCGGGGUCACGGCGGAUGUCGCCAGGCGAGUUGGGAGGUAACGGGACC